CCACAAGAUGGCGCUGUGCUCUCUGAGAUGUCCCCAUGCACUUAUCGUUCUUUCUUUGAUAUUGUUGGUUUAACAUGGAGUCGGGACAUGCUUGUUUCUGCUGAAAGUUCUUGUCUCUGUAGGUGAUUUGGGGUAUUCUAAGGGUUGUGAAAGGCUUCUCUUCCAACUGAGCUCUUGUAAUUUCUCUUCAAUAAAGCUGGUUAGGUGAAAAUGUCAUUUAAAUUCAAUUUCUGUAUUGAAGAAGCAGAAGACUGUUCAGUGGAAUGUACUGGACUUUCAGACCCAAAAGAAGAGAAACCAGAGAAUAGUAUGCAACUCUCAGGAGACAAAGAAGUACAGAUGAAAUUAUCUACUAAAAAUAAAGAGAAGGGAAUAGCACUGAAUUCUUGCUUCUGUAAUAGUGAUGUAUUAGACGACAGCAAUAUGAGCAAGGACAAAGCUGAAGAAAAAACAGUUUGCUGUAAACCAGCCAUCGAACAUAAAAUUCCACAAGAUGUUAAUGAAGUGAUGGAAAAUAAAAUAGUUGAACAAACCUCAGGUCUACAGUUUGUAAAUGUAUCUGUAGUGGAAAUGACAUUGUCCAAUGAAGAUCUGCAUGGUGAAAAUAUAGUGAGUAAAACUGUUACAGCGAACUCUGAUCUGAUUUCUGGGGUGUAUGAAGGCGGUAUGAAAAUUUGGGAGUGCACAUUUGAUCUCCUCAGAUAUAUUGAAGACGAAGAUGUCAGCUUCAAAGGAAAAAGUGUUUUGGAUCUUGGCUGUGGGGCUGGUUUGUUGGGAAUUGUGGCUCUGAGGAGAAAAGCCAGAGAAGUGCAUUUUCAGGACUACAACAGCACAGUGAUAGAAGAGAUCACUAUACCUAAUGUAUUGGUCAACUGUGACAGUUCUGAUGAAAACGGAGAUGUUACCGAAGAACCAAGUGAAAAAAUAUUUAAAAAGCCAAAAACCCAUGCAGGGCUUCUAUCAAAGUGCCGCUUCUUCUCUGGCGAUUGGUCAAAUUUCACACUGUUAAUGCAAAAUCAAACGCCAUCUGUGAAAUAUGAUAUUAUUCUUACAUCAGAGACCAUAUAUAAUCCUAAUUACUAUGAUGCUAUGCAUGAUCUCUUUCAGCAUCUAUUGGCUGACAAUGGGACUAUAUACCUAGCUAGCAAGUCUCAUUACUUUGGUGUAGGAGGGGGGGUCCUAUUGUUUGAGACUUGUAUUAAAAAGGGCAACCGUUUCAAUAUAAAUACCCUCAAGACACACGAUGAUGGACUUCAAAGAAUGCUUCUGAGCUUGUCAUUUAAAGACUGUUAAAAAAAAAAAAAAUGUAUUGUCUUUUUGUAAUAAACUGAUGCAUUAUUUUUUUAUAUACA